AUGAAACCUAACUUGAAGCAAUGGAAACAACUCAUGCUGUUUGGGAUCUUUGCAUGGGGUCUGCUUUUUCUGGUGAUAUUCAUCUAUUUUACAGAUAGCAAUGCUGCUGAACCAGUUCCCAUUUCCUUUUCUUACAUUGAAACUAAGAGGCUUCUACCCCUUCAGGGCAAGCAGAGGGUCAUCAUGGGAGCCAUACACGAUCCAUCAUUCUCUGAAGCUGUUGAAGGGAAUGAGGUACUUCUUAAUGAAGAUCUCUUGGGUACAUUUAAAUCAGGGACUGGAAGUAUUAAGAAAUGGACUGACUUGGAAGAUGCCUUUAGAAGUCAAGACACGUUUUUUCCAUCACAGAUAGGAAGAAAAUCAAAAAGUGCAUUUUACCAAGUGAAUGACGAUUAUUUAUUUGCUGCUGGUCAGCCUCGUUCACACGACCACCUUCAAGAAAUAGCCCAAUUCAUCUCAGCUGAUGAGGAAAAUCCAAAAGUUAAUAUUUUACAGAACUGGAACCAUCAGAAAAGAAUGAGGAGAAGGAGCGCAAAGCACAGGAGAAGCCAAAUGCUUGAUGAAUUUGAUGACUGGGAUGGGCUAUAUUCCACAAUGUCGAAAUCCUUUCUUUACAAGCUUUGGAAAGGGGAUGUCUCUUCCAAGAUGCUAAACCCUCGACUGCAGAAGGCGAUGAAAGAUUAUUUGAGCACCAAUAAGCAUGGGGUGCGGUUCAAGGGGAAGCGAAACUCCAAGUUGACAGGAGACCAGCUAUUCUGUGAGCUAAAAGAAAGGGUGAAUGUGAAAACAAUAGAUGGCAAGGAGGCUCCCUUCUCCACUCUUGGAUGGGAAAAGCACGUUCCCCAAAUUCCACUGGGCAAAUUGUAUACACAUGGCUUUGGGAGCUGUGCCGUAGUUAUGUCUGCUGGUGCAAUACUGAACUCUUCUCUAGGGGAUGAAAUAGAUUCUCAUGAUGCUGUUCUAAGAUUUAAUUCUGCUCCAACACGUGGCUACGAAAAAGAUGUUGGAAAUAAGACAACCAUGCGGAUCAUUAACUCUCAGAUUCUCACCAAUCCAAACCAUCACUUUGUUGACAGCUCCUUGUACAAAGAUGUUAUCUUAGUAGCCUGGGAUCCUGCCCCCUACUCUGCAAAUCUGAAUGUGUGGUAUAAGAAGCCAGAUUACAAUCUCUUCACUCCAUAUGUACAACAUCGCAGAAAAAAUCCAAACCAGCCGUUUUACAUUCUCCAUCCAAAGUUUAUAUGGCAGCUCUGGGACAUCAUUCAGGAGAACACUAAAGAGAAGAUACAACCCAACCCUCCUUCAUCAGGUUUUAUUGGUAUCCUCAUCAUGAUGUCCAUGUGUAACGAAGUGCACGUGUACGAGUACAUCCCUUCAGUCCGACAGACCGACCUGUGCCACUACCAUGAACUCUACUAUGAUGCAGCUUGUACCUUAGGGGCCUACCACCCACUGCUCUACGAGAAGCUGUUGGUGCAGAGGAUGAAUAAAGGUUUGCAGGAUGAUCUGUAUCGGAAGGGGAAAGUAAUUUUGCCAGGGUUCAAAGCUGUCAAGUGCCCUGAACGAAAUAAGUUCCCAAACUUGUAG